AACAAUUUCCGUUGCCCUUUUCUUCUUCUCACUGUAUACUACUGAGUCCACACUUGCAUUAUAAAACUCCUUCUACCUCAACAAUUCCGUUUCUCUCUUUUCAUUCCUCCGAUCAAAUUCCGAUCAGAUCUCCCCGCGAAACCCUAGUCUCCUCCCUUCCCCUCCGCCGUUAUACUGAAAUUCCAGGCUCUUUUGUAUACAGUUUCCGAGACUUCUUCGUGAAAGACUGCAUUUUUAGGAGUUGGAUUUUUUAAGAGAGCUGGGAAAUUUGGUGGUGGUUCGGUUAAGACUUUUGGGUUUAGAAUAAAAUAUUGGACCGACGGGUUUGUAAUUAGUGGUUGAACUUCGGGCGUCGGUGGAGGAAAUGCGGUUUAUAAUUUCAAUUUAGUAAUUUUGGUUUAAAGUGUUCGGGGUUUUUGUUUCUUUGUUUGGUACUAUUUUUGUGGUUGGUGUGUUUUGUUGGAUCUGAUCGGUUCUAUUACUGAAGAGGAAGAAGUGAAUCCGAUAGAACAACGAGUUUUUGGUAUUUUGAAUAAAGGUUGGAGAAAGAUGCAGCAAGAUCAACGCAAAAAGAGCUCCAAGGAGGCAGAUUUUUUUACGGAGUAUGGGGAUGCCAACCGUUACAAAAUUCUGGAAGUAAUAGGGAAGGGGAGCUAUGGAGUUGUAUGUGCAGCCAUUGACACACAUACUGGAGAAAAAGUAGCAAUAAAGAAGAUAAAUGACAUCUUUGAGCAUAUUUCUGAUGCUAUUCGAAUUUUGCGCGAGAUUAAACUGCUUAGGCUUUUACGACAUCCUGAUAUUGUUGAAAUCAAGCGGAUUAUGAUGCCACCCUCAAAGCGAGAAUUUAGAGAUAUUUAUGUCGUUUUCGAGCUUAUGGAGUCGGACCUUCACCAAGUUAUUAAAGCGAAUGAUGAUUUGACGCAUGAACAUCAUCGGUUUUUCCUUUAUCAGAUGCUGCGUGCACUGAAAUAUAUGCAUACAGCGAAUGUGUAUCAUCGGGAUCUUAAGCCAAAAAAUAUAUUGGCCAAUGCAAACUGCAAACUUAAAAUAUGUGAUUUUGGAUUAGCGAGAGUUGCUUUUAGUGAUACUCCUACAACAAUUUUUUGGACGGAUUAUGUUGCUACAAGAUGGUAUAGGGCUCCCGAGUUAUGUGGAUCCUUCUUCUCAAAGUAUACACCUGCAAUUGACAUCUGGAGUAUUGGCUGUAUAUUCGCUGAGGUACUGACUGGAAAGCCUCUGUUUCCGGGUAAAAGUGUCGUUCAUCAGUUGGAACUGAUUACUGAUCUUCUGGGGACACCAUCAGCUGAUACGAUAUCUGGAGUUCGCAAUGAGAAGGCAAGAAAAUAUUUGACUGAUAUGCGGAGAAAGCAACCGAUUCCUUUUAUUGAGAAAUUUCCAAAUGCAGAUCCUUUGGCUCUUCGACUACUACAAAGGCUCUUAGCUUUUGAUCCUAAGGACCGACCAACUGCUGAAGAGGCAUUGGCUCAUCCUUAUUUCAAGGGGCUGGCAAAGAUUGAGAGGGAACCUUCUUGUCAGCCAAUCUCAAAGCUAGAGUUUGAGUUUGAGCGCCGAAGGGUGACUAAGGAGGACAUUAGGGAAUUAAUAUUUCGGGAGAUAUUAGAAUACCACCCUCAACUGCUGAAGGAUUACAUGGCUGGAAAUGAUGUGGCAAAUUUUCUCUAUCCUAGUGCUAUUGGUCAUUUUAGAAAACAAUUUGCCUAUCUCGAGGAAAAUGGUGGCAAAAGCGGGCCUGUUAUUCCCCCUGAGAGAAAGCACGUCUCUCUUCCACGGUCUACCGUCAAUUCAAGCGUUAUCGCUCCUAAAUCAGAUCAGAAUGAUUCUGCUUUUGAUAAUCGACGAAGCAGUCAAGAAGUUUCGAGCAGUGUUAAUGUUUCAGAAACCAUCUCUGGGACUCCAGCGAAGGUUUUGCGGGCACCACCACGUGUGCCACCAGCUAAACCUGGAAGAGUUGUGGGACCUGUUAUACCGUAUGAGAACGUCAGAAACAUAAAUCAUGCCCAUGAUGGAAGAGCGUACAUUCAGAAUCCCGUCCUUCCUCCUCAGGCCAUGUCUCCGCAGUAUUUCUUUAGGACCGCUAACACUUUGAAGAAUCAAGAUAAGCAUGUUCCUGAAGCUGUCAAGAACUCCUCCGCUCAGGCAAAAUUGCCGCAUCAACACCACUACCCGCCUGCCAAGUCAACUCCUGUCAUUACCACUGAUAUCAACAAUCACCACCAGCAGCACAGCCUCUAUUACCAGUCACAGGCAAAAUCCGUCCAGUUAAAUAGUCAAAUUGCGCUUGAUGCAAAAUUGCUACAGGCACAGUCUCAAUUUGGUGCAGUUGGCGCCGCAGCUGUUGCUGUUGCUGCUCAUAGAGAGGUUGGUGCCAUUCAGUAUGGGCUGACUUAGGGGUUCUUUGCUGUCUGGCCGGAUUAGGGGGUGCAUUGAACUAUAAAAUUCAGAGUAUCCUGAGACUUGAGAGAUGGUUACUUCUUGUUCUCGAGUCGCUGUAAAGUUUAUUCUUAUGUAAAAUUGAUUUUAAGUAAUAAAAUAGGUUUUCGUCGUCGAGUUCUUCGUUUAAA